AUGGGCAGGCUAGAAUCAUUGACUGCUUGGGCAUUGGGUCGAACACGAUAUGAAGAACAAGUAAUCUGGCCAACUCCACCAGAUAUUUCUGAGAAUGCUGGCUACACACAGAUAUAUGAUGAACAUGGGCAUCCAAGAAAUCCAGAGACCAAACGGAGAGAACGUGAAAACAUUCGUGCAGCUAAUGAAGUGAUGCAAGUCACGGGUAUUGUUGAAGAUUUGACUGCUGUGAGAGAAGCUGCAAUAUUACAUAACACGAAGAAAAUCGAAGAGACAAUUAAAGGACUAAGGAUAUUGGAAGCUGGCCGUGCUACACUACAUGCUGGUGUCUGGGGUGCUAUUGGGUUCAGGCGAAGAGUUUUGCUCUACAGAUCAUAUUCUGAAAUUGGAGUCCUAGCGUUGAUCCAGCACGAGAGAACUAGGAGAUCUGUCGCAAACCUAUUUUUUUCCGGGCUCCCCACGGUCAUAGCAUAUCAUGUAUCAGACUGGGCGGGCUGCUUCUUGGAAGUUAUUCUAGAUCAAAUGUUUGAUGAAGAUGAAAGAAGACUUACCUCUCGAGAAGUAUGGGUCAAGUUCAUUGCCGACAAAUGUCUCAACUUAAGCUUUAGUUAUAUCACAUUACACUUACGGAUGUUUGCUAUGUUGCAUCAGUUUGGAUUGGUCGAAUAUAACCAAUUCCUACCUCCAUUGAUGUCAUUAAUUCCAUUCUCAAAAGCAUCACUACUUCAAGCACCACCUCCACCUUCAAGAAACAUAGGUUCAAUUGUUUCAUGGACAUUAGCUUUGCUUCGUUCCACAACCCCAAUUGUGGCAGUAUUAUUUCAUGGAAAGUUCAAAUAUAUUGUUUCGCGACUCUUGUAUCGACCUAUAUUCAAAUCUCUACCUCGACCAAAAGGAGAUAGUAUGUUUGCUGGAUUUGGAGUCGAAGCACCAAUAUUGGAAUUUGACACCCCGGACGAUCCCGAAGAGAAUCGCCCAGUUCGAGGCGGAGAGGAAGAUACUUUACGAGCUCUUGAAGGUUUGCCGGCGUUGGAUAGAACAACACCUCGACCUCGGCGCCAUACUAAUGCCUCAGUAAGUGUUGAUCCUGGUGAGGAUGAAGACCCGCGACCGACACUGAUCAGCUUUGACGUUGAUUCUACAUCCACAUCAGCCGAACCGACGGUUGGUCAAGGGGCAUGGUCGGCUGAGCUACGAAGUACAAAUGUUCCAGGAGAACCUAAAGUUGUCAAAUAUCGCAAGACUGGACUUACCAUGCUUCCAACAAUACUUGCCGCAGAAGGAUUUAGAGAAUUGGCCGCUUCCAUUCUUAUAACGCCACUUGAGGCCAUAAUGCUGCGAUUUGUCGGUAGAGCAUAUGGAACUAAAGUUGGUAUCAGUCUGGACAACUUCUACGAAAUAGGUUUCCAGAUGCCUAGCUUGAAGCAUUUGAUCUCUUCAUGGGCUUUCCAAUUCAUCGCAACGGGAAUUGUAUGGGCUGGAUUCACAUUUGUUAUUGAGUAUGUCGCAGAUAUGAAGAAAUCAGAGCAACAAAGAACUUCCAUAGAGUCAGACUCUGACUGA